AUGAAGUGGAUUGGGGCGGAGCUGGGCGUGCCGUGCUACAUGUUCUUCACCUCGCCGUGGAUGCUCCUGUCCCUGUUCCUGCACCUCCCGGAGCUCGACGCGGGGCUCGUCGGGGAGUACCGGGACGCUACGGGGCCCAUCCGGCUGCCGGGCUGCGUGCCGAUCCACGCGCCCGAGCUUCCCGGGUCCAUGCUCGCCGACCGGAGCAGCGACACGUACGCCGGGUUCCUGUCCUUGGCCAAGGACGCCGCGAGAGUCGACGGGAUUCUCGUGAACACGUUCCCUGAGGUGGAGCCCGCGGUGGGGCAAGGCGGCACGGACUGCGUGAAGGACAUGCCGGUGCACGCGGUCGGGCCGUUGGUCUGGACAAGGCCAGUCGCGACCGGCGUGAACCGGGAGCCGGAGCACGCACGCCUCAUCACAUGGCUGGACCAGCAGCCCCGUGGAUCCGUGGUGUUCCUGUCGUUCGGGAGCGGUGGCACGCUCACGCGCCGGCAGACAACCGAGCUAGCGCUCGCGCUGGAGGCGACCGGGCGUCCGUUCAUCUGGGCGGCAAAGCGGCCACACGAGGACACGGCGGACGGCGCCUUCUUCGGAACUGGCCGAGGAGGAGACGACGACGACGACCCGCUCGGCUUCCUGCCGGAGGGAUUCGUCGAGAGGACGGCGGGGGUGGGGCUCGUCCUCCUGUCGUGGGCCCCGCAGACGGCGAUCCUCGCGCACGCCGCCGUCGGGUGCUUCGUCACGCACUGCGGGUGGAACUCGAGCCUGGAGAGCAUCCUUAAUGGAGUGCCGAUGGUGGCAUGGCCGCUCGACGCCGAGCAGAAGAUGAACGCUGCCAUGUUGGAGGCCCACUCAGGGGUGGCGGCCCGCUUGAACGCCGCCGGACCUGGCAACGGCGACGGCUUUGUCUGCAAGGAAGAGAUCGUGAGCGUGAUCCGACGUGUGAUGGAUGGAGACGAAGCAACGACGAUGAGGAUGCGUGCUGGUGAGCUCAGAGACAGAGCCACACAUGCGCUAGCCAUGGAUGGUUCUUCAACUCUUGCACUAGCCAAGGUCACAGCUUUGUGGAAAUCUUCUACUUCUAGUGACGAAAAAUAAAGGAAAAGGAAAAUAAAAGUAUGUUUGCAAGCCACCGAUCACCAUCUCUCUGCUCCUAAAACGGGAUUCGGUAGACUGAGAUCCACGGUUUAUUUUCGUCUCAUCACACUGUGUUUUCUCUCCCUCACGCUGAAAACCAAAUCGA